AUGCACUCCUCGUCGGCCGGGCUGGAGCACCUGCUGUUCCCCGGCCUGGUGGAGAGCCCGGUGGUGCUCACCAACGCAAAGGGCGUCUACUCGCACUCCCUCGCAGAGUACUCCCUUACCUGCUGCAGCUGGUUCGCCAAGGACUUCCCGCGGCUGCUGGCGGCCAAGGCUGACCGGAGGUGGGACCCCUACGACGUGGAGGAGCUGCGCGGCAAGACAAUGGGGGUGGUCGGAUAUGGCGACAUCGGCCAGGCCGCCGCGAGGCUCGCGCGGGCAUUCAGGAUGCGGGUAGUGGCGCUGCGGCGGCGGGCUGAGCUGUCGGAAGCCGAGCAGGCGGAGGGGGUGCUGUCCGCGGUCUACCGCCCGGACCAGCUGGGUGACCUCAUGGCCGCCAGUGACUAUGUGGUGGUGGCCACCCCUUGGACCCCCGAGACCGACAAGAUCAUCUCCAGGGCCGCCAUCGCGGCGAUGAAGCCCAGCGGGGUGCUGGUCAACGUGGGGCGCGGGAAGUGCGUCGACGAGGAGGCGCUCAUUGAGGCGCUCUCCGAGGGCCGCAUCCGGGGUGCGGCGCUCGACGUUUUUGCGACGGAGCCGCUGCCCGCGGACUCGCCCCUGUGGGGCCUGCCCAACGUGCUGCUGAGCCCCCACUGCGCCGACCGGACAAAGGAGUUCCAGUUUGAGAGCCUGGAGCGGUUCGUGGAGAACGCGAAGCUGUACGUUGAGGGCAAGGAGUUGAUCGCGGUCUGCGACAAACGAUCUGGCUACUGA